UUCGCCGACGUUGUCUCCCUCUGCCAGCCCUUUGCCAGGCAGCUCCAUACCGCGUCAACAACAGCGUCCCACCUCGCCGCCUCCUCAACGCGUUGAAGCUGACCAACACCUCCGACAGCUUUGCAUAGAAUCCGUUUGUCUAGUUGUUCCCGCACUCGAUUGUCAAGAUGCCGACCACGAAACACACGUUCGGUCACGAACGAAAACGAUGAGAACAGCAAUGCCACAUCCCGCAUGACGCGGGCAAAGGCUGCGACGCUGAAUGUGGACGAGCUCGCAAUGCCCGCCAAGGCAUUGCAGACGAAAAAGACGGGCGUCAAUGCCCAACCCGCGAGGAAGCGUGCCGUCCUCGGCGAUGUCAGCAAUGUGACCAAGGCUGAGGCGGCAGAUGGCAAGAAGCCGGCUGGAAGGACCGGUUUCGUGUCCAAGACCACGCAGCCCAGCGGCAUCAAGAAGACAACCACGGCGCGGUCCGCCCUUGCCACCAAGGAGCUCAACAAGAAGCCGGAGACAACGAAACGUUCUGGGCCCGGUUCCAUUGUCUCUCAGAAGCGUAAGAUGUUGGCUUCGGUGUCUACCAACGCCGCCGCCAAGGUGGACACCCCAGACAAUGACGAGCCAAUCCGGAAAAAAGCCCACAAGGUUGAGGAAGGCAGCAAGAGCAAGACCGACGUGGCACAAGAGGAGCCUGUGCCCAAGGAGAUCGUGCCAUCACCGCAUGCUACAACCACCGAGCCCGAGCUGCGUGCCCCUAUCCCCGCUACGGCAAGCGCUCUGGAUGACGAAGACCUCGACGACCCGCUGAUGGUUGCCGAAUAUGCUAACGACAUUUUCGAAUACCUGCGCGAUCUCGAGUGCAACUCGGUUCCCAACCCUCAGUACAUGUCUCAUCAGGACGAUCUCGAGUGGAAGACGCGGGGCAUUUUGAUCGACUGGCUCGUCGAGGUCCAUACCCGAUUCCAUCUGCUCCCCGAGACAUUGUUCCUCGCUGUCAACAUCGUCGACCGCUUUCUUUCCGAGAAGGUGGUUCAGCUCGACCGUCUUCAACUUGUCGGCAUCACGGCAAUGUUCAUCGCUUCCAAGUACGAGGAGGUUCUCUCGCCUCACAUCGCCAACUUCCGUCACAUCGCCGAUGAUGGUUUUACUGAGGCCGAGAUUCUGAGUGCCGAGCGGUUUGUCCUCGCCACCUUAAACUACGACCUGAGUUAUCCGAACCCCAUGAAUUUCCUCCGCCGCAUCUCCAAGGCCGACAACUACGACAUUCAGUCACGCACCAUCGGAAAAUAUCUCAUGGAGAUCAGCUUGUUGGACCACCGUCUCAUGGCCUACCGCCCUAGUCAUGUCGCCGCCGCUGCCAUGUACCUCGCACGACUGAUCCUGGACCGCGGCGAAUGGGACGAGACGCUGGAGUACUAUGCCGGGUACUCCGAGGAGGAGAUUGAGCCCGUCGUCGCGUUGAUGGUCGACUACAUGGCUCGUCCCGUCAUCCACGAAGCCUUCUUCAAAAAGUAUGCUAGCAAAAAGUUCUUGAAGGGUACGUUAUCUUUCUCAUCAGCCAGUCACAUGACUCCAGAACUUGACAAGCUCACCUAACAUGCAUUGCAGCAUCGAUCCUAACCCGUGCAUGGGCGAAGAAGAACGCCCACCUGUACGGAGUCCUGGAUAUCAACUUGACCCUCGACGAGAUCUCAUAAGGGUCUCUCUUACUGUCACGUCGCACGACACCGGUUUGUGCAUCUCAUCUCUACGUCUCGUGAAGUGUCAGGAUACCACGCUG